AUGGCUGUUCGGCCCGAGCUGCAGAAUGCCCAGGCGAACUCCGGUAUGUACAUCGAAGGGGGUCCCCAGCCCCCCGUGACCGAGAAAGGCAAGGAGCCCAACAAAAGUGACAGCGGGGCCUCUGCCACCAAGGGGGACCUGCUGCCGUCCCACUCCACAGUGGCGCUCAUCGAGGACCCCGCAGAAGACCCCUGGGACCUGCCCGCGCUGCAGGACACAGGGCCUAAGUGGUCAGAGAAAGACACCAGAGGGAAGCUUUGCUCUGUUCUGGAGGCGGUCGGGAAGCUCACCGCGCUCCUCCUGUUUCUCUACUUGUUCGUGUGCUCCCUGGACGUCCUCAGCAGCGCCUUCCAGCUGCUCGGAGGAAAAGUGGCUGGGCAGUUCUUCAGCAACAACUCGAUUAUGUCCAACCCGGUGGCUGGGAUGGUGAUUGGAGUGCUGGUGACCGCCCUGAUCCAGAGUUCCAGCACCACCACAUCCAUCAUCGUCAGCAUGGUGGCCUCGUCACUGCUGACCGUGCGGGCCGCCAUCCCCAUCAUCAUGGGGGCCAACAUCGGCACGUCCAUCACCAACACCAUCGUGGCGCUCAUGCAGGCCGGGGACCGCAAAGAGUUCAGAAGGGCUUUUGCAGGGGCCACUGUCCAUGACUUCUUCAACUGGCUCACCGUAUUAGUGCUCUUGCCCCUGGAGGCCGCCACGCAUUACCUGGAGCUCCUGACUGACUUUGUGUUAAAGUCCUUCGACUUCCAGAAUGGAGAAGAUGCCCCAGCCCUUCUGAAGGUUAUCACCGAACCCUUCACGAAGCUCAUUAUCCAGCUGGAUGGAAAAGUUCUCAAUCAGAUUGCACUGAAUGACGCAGCUGCUCAAAAUAAGAGCAUGACCAAGAUUUGGUGUAAAGUUUUAACCACUGUGACCCAGGUGAAAGUCACUGUGCCCUCACCUCUGAACUGCACUUCCUCUGCCCUCUGUUGGACCAACGGUACUCACAUCUGGACCCUCAAGAACAUCACCCGGCAGGAGAACAUCGACAAAUGCCAGCACAUCUUUGUGAAUUUCAACCUCCCGGACCUGGCUAUCGGCGUCAUCCUGGUGAUUCUCUCCCUGCUGGCCCUCUGUGGCUGCCUCAUCAUGAUCGUCAAGAUCCUGGGCUCCAUGAUUCAGGGACACGUGGCUAUUGUCAUCAAGAAGACCCUCCAUGCUGACUUGCCCUUUCCUUUCGGCUGGCUGACGGGCUACCUGGCCAUCAUCGUGGGGGCGGUGAUGACCUUCAUUGUGCAGAGCAGCUCCGUGUUCACGUCGACUCUGACUCCACUCUUUGGUCUCGGCGUGAUCUCCAUUGAGAGGGCGUAUCCGCUCACGCUGGGCUCCAACAUCGGCACCACCACCACCGCCAUCAUGGCCGCCCUGGCCAGCCCAGGCAACACUCUGAGGAGCUCGCUCCAGAUCGCCCUGUGCCACUUUUUCUUCAACAUCUCUGGCCUCCUGCUGUGGUACCCCAUCCCGUUCACCCGCCUGCCCAUCCACCUGGCCAAGGGGCUGGGCAACAUCUCUGCCCAGUACCGCUGGUUUGCUGUUGUCUACAUCAUCGUCUUCUUCUUCCUGAUCCCGCUGGCCGUGUUCGGGCUCUCGCUGGCGGGCUGGCAGGUGCUGGUGGCCGUGGGAGUGCCCAUCAUCCUUGUGGUCGUGCUGGCGGUGGUCAUCGGGCUCUUGCAGUCCCGCUGCCCAGGGCUCCUGCCCAAGAAGCUCCAGAACUGGGACUUUCUACCCCUGUGGCUGCACUCGCUGAAGCCCUGGGAUGAGGUGGUGUCCAGGCUCACCAGCUGCCUCCAGAAGCGUGGCCACAGGUGCUGUGAGAAGCUGGAGGAGGUGCAGGGAGAGCCCAGCAAGAGCUCCACGGGCGUGGAUAACUUGGCCAUGAGCAAAGAGGCUCCAGAUGGGAUUCCCUUGUCCCAAGUGAGAAGCCUGGACACGAGCACUAUCCUGCACAACACAGCUUUGUAA